CGUCGGUCUGCUAUUAUUUCAAACACAACUAGCAAUCAGCAAAUCUUUCAUUCACGUACCUAAGUCGAAACUCGAAACCAUUCUUCCUACCUCUAUUUCAUUGAUCCAUAACUUCUCAGUUAAGCUUUCUUCCUCCUUUCUUCUUCUCCAUUCUUGGAUCACUACGCUAUCUAUAUAAUCCCGAGCCGUAUUGCAGAACUCUAAGCCAAACCCAACUCUGCAAAUAUGGCAAAUGAGAUAUGGAUCGUUCCCUUUUUUGGUCAGGGCCAUCUCUUCCCUUCAAUGGAGCUCUGCAAGCACUUGGCCUCCAGAAACUUCAAAGCCGUUAUGGUUAUCUCUUCCAAAGUCUCCUCCUCCAUACCCUCAUCUCUCCGCCAAUACCCACUCGUUGAAAUCGCUGAGGUUUCUGAAACCCCACCAUCUGAUUCUGAUUCUGAUUCUUCUCCUCCGCCGCAGGAGCCGAGUUCUCAGCCACUUCACUGCCACCACGCACACCACAGCCAGAUAGCAGUCGGGCUUGAGAAACUCCUCCAUGAUCCGGAUUCAGUCCGACCCCUUUAUGCGGUUGUUGACAUGAAGAUGAGCUGGACUUUCGAGAUUUUCAACAGAUAUGAAAUUCCGGCAGUCAGCUUCUUCACCUCCGGUUCUUGCUCCGCCGCCAUGGAGUAUGCCAUGUGGAAGGCCCAACCUUUAGAUAUCAAAGCCGGUGAGACUCGCUUACUACCCGGGUUACCCCAAGAAAUGGCUAUUACGGUUUCAGAUCUCAAGCGACAGAGAUUUCCUCCUGAACCACCUCGAAAAAAGUUUGGGGCGGAGAGACAUCACCCAACCAAUCCCGGUGAUAAACCACCGUGGCUAGAAGAAAUCGAACCGUGUAUGGGAGUCUUGAUCAACACGUGCAACGAUCUGGAGUAUCCAUUCAUCGAGUACGUCUCCAAUAACAUCGGAAAACCAGUUUGGGGCGUGGGCCCGCUCUUGCCCGAACAAUAUUGGAAAUCGGCCGGUUCGGUUUUCCACGACCACAAAAUUCGAACCAAUCGGAAAUCAAAUGUCACCGAAGAAGAGGUAAAUGUGUGGCUAGAUACGAAACCACAUGGAUCGGUGUUGUACAUUUCAUUUGGAACUGUGGGGGGUCCCGCUAAGGAGGAGUACGAGAUACUAGCCAAGGCGUUGGAAGCGUCAACCCGGCCAUUCAUAUGGGUGGUCCAAACCAAUGCAGGCCUCUCGCGGGGUCCUCCACAGUCCGGUUCUGACCCUGAAGAAGCCUAUUUUCCGCACGAGCUGAAUGCUCGUGUCGGAAAAAGAGGCUUGAUCAUACACGGGUGGUCGCCACAGCUCUUGAUUCUAAGUCAUCCAUCAACAGGAGGAUUCUUGUCGCAUUGUGGGUGGAAUUCAACUGUGGAGGCAAUUGGUCGUGGAGUUCCAUUCUUGGCGUGGCCAAUUAGAGGGGAUCAAUACUCGGACGCUAAAUUGGUAGCGAGCUAUCUCAAAGUUGGGUAUCUGAUUUCUGAGGAUUUCUCACAGACAAUAAAGGAGGAGGAUAUAACGAGAGGAAUUGAGAAGCUACUGAGUGAUGAAGACAUGAAGCAACGAGCUGUGAAGCUUAGUGCUAAGUUUAAGCAUGGUUUUCCAACAAGUUCUGUGGCUGCUUUAGAUGCCUUUGGGGACUUCAUUAGACAGAAAGGCAAAGCAACUUUAGCUCAUUGACUUUGUUCUUGUAUGGUAAUUAGCAGGAUAUCGUGAAUCCUUAAUGUGUUUACUACUCCUAGAGGCCUCUUUUCUUAUCGUCAAUCUAUUGCUUGUUAUUGCCAAAA